AUGGAGGAAGCGAAAGCGGCGGCGUACUACGAAGACCUAACCCGGCGCGGCGAGGGCGCCGCCAGGUUCAAACAAGGCCUCGGCUUCUCUUCGGCCAAGUCCGACUCCGAAAAUGCCCCCGCGCGCGGCUCGGCGCUGGCGUAUAGUUCCUCGUCUUCGUUCAUGAGCAAAUUCGUCAAGGCCUCCAGCCCUAGCAAGACGUCGGAGCUCGAAAAGCAGGCGCAGAUUCAGUCGAUUCAGAGCAAGCUGAAGAGGAAGAAGCCGGAGGAGCUGGCCGGAGAGGAGGAGAAGCGGCGGCCUAGGGUUUCGGAGAGGGAUAGGGAUUCGAGGAAGCGGAGUAGAAGCAGAGAGAGGCAUUCGAGGCAUCGGAGUAGGAGCAGAGAGAGACACAGUGAUAGAGAUAGAGAGAGAAGGAGGAGGAGAAGGAGCAGGUCUGGAAGUGAAUCUGACGACGGAGGCAGGAGACGAAGGAGUCGGUCUCCUCGGAAUCGGAGAAAUGAGCGGCGGAGGAGCCGGAGCCGGAGCUCGUCGCCACCUAGGGAGAGGGGUUUGGAGAAGAGCAGAGGUAAAUUGGAGAAGGAGAGGAGUGGUGGUCAUGACUAUCAGAAAUUGAUUCAAGGCUAUGACAAAAUGUCUGCAGCCGAGAGAGUAAAAGCAAAGAUGAAACUCCAACUUGCUGAAACUGCUGAGAAGGACACAACCAAAGGCAUGGAUGGUUGGGAAAGAUUUGAUUUUGAUAAACAUGCACCACUUGACGAUGAUGAAAUUGAAGUUGCUGAAGACGAUGCAGCACUCGUCAAUCACAUUGGCAAAAGCUUUCGGUUUUCAGCAUAUGAGACAAAAAGGGAGGAGCGGAUCAAAGCUGCUCAUGAUGAGGCAAUGUUUGGUGCAUCAGAUAAUCGACCAUCCAUUAUGAUAAACGGUGAGGUUGAGGCAGAGAAUGAUAGUAAGGACUGCAAAGAAAGUGAGCCUCCAAGCCUCUUAAGCGAGAAGGUACUUGCUAAAAAACAAGGUUCGUGGCGUGAUCGUAUACGCCACAACAAUUGACAAAGAUGGAUAGCGGAAGAGGUUAUUGAUGACGACCUGACCUGAUUCUAAAUCACUGACGAGCCAAUGGUUGGGGUCAGAAACUGUGGCCAAGGGAGUAUUGUGAAUCUGUGCUUUCAGCAUUCCGUUUUCAUAUGAACUUUCGCAGUGGAGGCAUCAAAUCCAUUGAAAUUAACAAGAAAGAAGCUUCUAUCUCCCACAAAAACUGCACAGGGCCAAUAGUUUCAAUCAUGCCAUAUAACUAGUGAUUGUUUUUUCCGCUCAAAGCAGCAUGCUUACAGAAGCCAGAAAAUUUGUCUCUCAUUGCAGCGGUCUUGGACUCUUUAGAUUUGGCUUC